AUGUGGGCUAAUGAAGUUGUCGCAGCUGGAGGCACUCGUAUUAACUUCGGGACUAGAAUGCUGCUCGUUAUUAGUAUUCAAAUGAAAACCGACAACAGUAAAACAUAUGCAUUUUACGACAAGACUACAAUGUUGAAUAAAUCCAUGACAGAAUUUCCUCUUAGAGUUUUAGCUUCAUCAUUAUUAUUUUGGAUAGUACUUGUAACCGCUGGCUAUUUCUGUUAUAUCUACGUCACUUUAUUUAUGCAAAUUUCGGACGAAACCGACCUAUCAAAACAGUGUUCUCAAUUCAAAAACGAAGACUCGAAUAACUUUAACAUCGUGAAAAGCUAUCCUGUGGGUAAAGCCAAGCCUUAUUUGUUGUCGUACGGUUUAAAAGAAAACAAUCUUCAACCAGUUACGUCCAUAGAGCAGCCAUUACCGUUUCUAGUCACUGCCGUCACUUCUGCCCAGUUUUAUCAAGUCCAGGGUCUUAUUCGACAUAUCGAUCAAGAUUUGUCGAAAGUGCAAGAUCUAACGUUUAUAAUCUAUGAUAUUGGCCUUACGGACAAAGAGUAUAUUUUGGUACGUGAUCAGUGUCAAUGCAUCGUCAGAAAGUUUAGAUUCGGAGUCUAUCCAGAGUACUUUAAGAGAACAGAAAACCAGGCAUGGCGACCCAUCAUAGUUCAAGAGGUGCUGAGAGAGAGGGGAUCUGUGAUACUUAUAGAACCAACAACCAGAUUUAAACAACCUCCUAUGUUCUCAAUAUUAAGACGACCUGGUAACAGACAGUUCUAUCUAUGGGACGAACCAGAGCGAAGUGUCAUCGGCUACACUUUUCCUCCAAUGUUCCGAUAUUUUGAAGAACAGCGAUGUAUAUUCAAAGACUCACACAUGAUUUCGACUGAAAUUAUGGUAUUUUAUAAAAGCGAAUCGACGUGGCAUCAUCUAGUCAAGCCGUGGGUUAUCUGUGCCUUGAAUGAAAACUGUAUCGCUCCCGAAGGUGCAAGAUCGAACUAUUGCUUUCAUAUACGACAUCCGCGCACAACCGGAUGUCACAGUUUUGACCAAUCAGCUCUCAGUAUUAUCGCUAACCGUGCCUUCCAGUUAACAACGGACCGAAAUAAGAACAUUCCGCCACGCAUCACUUUUCACAACGAUGAAGAAGAAGAAUAUUUUGAAAAGCAGCCCGCACAUUAUUUAAGAUAUUUUUUGAUUAUCAUCAUUCUGGGCGUGGUCAUUAACAUUGUCAAGAAAUGGAGAUCUCGAUGAACCUUCAGCAAUCCUCGACCGUUUCCGUAUAUCUGAAUAUGUUGCAAGGGUAACUUUCACGGUAAAACGCUUGCUCGAUAAGUAGGCCUUUUGCGCUUGAUGGUGGUAAAAUCAUACUUCCAUACCGACCAAGGUCUCCUGCAAGUGCAUGGCUACUGUCUCUAUUUCAGCCUCUGAUAGAUAUUUUGACAGUUGUCGACGUCUCCAGUCGAUAACUGUCAAAAUAUCUAUCAGAUACUGGAAUAGAGACAGAUGUUUCAGACUAAUAUCAACGGCUCACCCUCUGUGAAUAUUGGAGAGGGAGUAAUCCUUGUUAAAUGAAACUCAUUUCCAUCAGCACUCACUGCCACUUUAAAGUGUUCUUUAUGUAUUUAUUGUAAUUUUUUUCUCUU